AUGUCAGAGGACGAUGACAUGAUGCUUAUGAAUAUAAGCACGUCUGUGGAUAACCCCAUUUCACAAUCUGGGAGUGCGAAAGUAAGUGGAGGUCGCUGGAAAGACAGACGAAAGGCGAAGAUGAUGUUGCAAGGAAAGAAUUCGCACGUAAAGAGAAAGGCCUCUACUUUGAUCGAUUCCAAUAAGAACACCGAUUUCAAUGAAUCUGCUGAUAACAGUACAAAUGAAAUGCCACGUAAACAAGCGAAAAUUCAAAACAGACCACUUCCUCCCGUUAAUCAACAAGUGAUUUCAUCACUAUUCACAGCUAGCAGAGAAAUCUCUACCGCUGUCAAUAAUAAUGAACAUGAUGAUAAUAUUGAAAUUAAUCCUUCGAAUGCUCCUUUGCUUCAGGAUUCCUUCGAGGCGCUUGGAGUCUCUGAAACUAUCUUACCGCAUUUAAGUGAAAAAAUGAAAAUCACAAAACCUACCAGAGUUCAGAAGUUAAGUAUCCCCAAUCUAGUGGCAGGGGACAAUGAUAUUUUUAUCCAUGCUCAAACCGGUUCCGGAAAAACUUUAGCAUUUCUCUUACCCAUCUUGACACGCAUACUCGACAUGAAGACGCGUGUAGACCGUCAGAGUGGCUGUUUUGCAAUGAUCAUCACGCCAACCCGUGAAUUGGCCUCCCAGAUAUACAGCGUUAUGGCGCUUCUCACGCAGUGUUGUCAUUAUCUGGUACCGUGUCUGUUGAUCGGUGGUGAACGUAAGAAAUCGGAAAAAGCAAGACUACGGAAGGGGUGUAACUUUAUCAUUGGAACACCGGGCCGAAUCUUAGAUCAUUUGCAAAAUACGAAAGUUAUUCGGGAGCAGCUGUGUUCCACUUUGAGAUAUCUUGUCUUGGAUGAAGGAGACAAGCUAAUGGAAUUGGGAUUCGAGCAAACCAUAACUGAGAUAAUCAAACUACUAUACGACCUUCCCCUGGAUACAAGCAAGUUUUCAAAUCUUCCCGACCGUAUUAUACACGUUUUGUGUAGUGCAACAAGAAAAGGUGGUGUUAACAAGCUGGGAAAUCUUGCUCUGCAUGAUUAUAAACUAAUAAGUAGUGGACAGAAGCAGGAAGAAAUGAGCACUGUUCCCGACCAGUUAUUACAAAAGAUUGCAAUUGUACCACCUAAGUUGAGAUUAGUGACUUUAGCCGGUGUGUUGAACAACAUUACUCAAAAACAACUAUCUGCUGAAAAAAUGGCUACUGUGCGGACAAUUGUAUUCUUGUCCUGUUCUGACAGCGUUGAUUUUCAUUAUGAAGCAUUUUCAUCUACUGACGCCAACUACCGAACCCUUGUGGGCGACUCCGUGAGAUUGUUGACCAAAGAUAACCAUAUUUUACCAUGCUUACAAAAGGCCGAUAGAUCUGAAUUGGUUUUCUACAAGUUACAUGGUUCACUAUCACAACAGAUUCGUACUGCUACUCUCCAAAACUUUUCCACAGAAUCUGAAGCAACAAAGGGUAAACAUUUAGUCAUGUUUUGUACAGACGUUGCCAGUAGAGGGUUGGAUCUUCCUCAUGUGAGCACAGUAAUUGAAGUCGAUCCUCCAUUUGCCGUUGAAGAUCACCUGCAUAGAAUCGGGCGUACCGCUCGUGCUGGUGUGAGUGGUGAGUCGUUAUUGUUUCUUUUGCCCGGAGAAGAAGAAGGUUACAUGGAUUAUAUCAAACCAUACCAUCCACAAGGGUGGAAGCUGUUGAAGUAUGAGCAAGAUAUUUUAAAGCCCGCCUUCCAAGAUUCAAGUGUUAAGAAAAGCGACAGCAAGUCAAGUAGCAAACCCGAUAAGCUUUCGACUGAAUGGGACAACAAUGCGACAACUUGGCAUCUCAACAUUGAAAGAAGAGUUUUGGAGGAUCAGGCUUUUAAGGAUUGUGCUAUGAAAGGUUAUACGAGUCAUAUUAGAGCAUAUGCUACACAUCUUUCACAAGAGAAGAAGUUUUUUAAUUUAAAGUGCCUACACUUGGGUCAUCUAGCGAAGAGCUUUGCCUUGAGAGAGCGUCCCAAAGCGAUGGGAAAUGCCAAUGCAAAGAAGAGAGUCGGCGAAGAAACUCAGAAACGUCCAAAAGAGGAUGCAAAAUCCAAAAUGCUUCGGAUGGCACGUCAAACUCUUAAAGAAAGUGUUAGCGAGUUCAACUAUUAA